AUGAUGUGGCUGCUCAUCCUUCUCUUAUCUGCCAUUCAUCAGUCCCGUUCUUGCGGAUUUGACAAUGCACACCACGAUUACACCGCCCCAGAUCUUGACGUUGUCUUGAGUCACAACCUCGCACUUCGCGACCAGAACAACAAACGGCCAUCCACCUGGAACAAAGUUGCCAUUACCAAUGUCGGCGUCUUUGAUGGAUGGACGAUGCGACCUGCUCAGACGGUCGUCAUCGAGAACGGUCGAAUCGGAGACGAUCUAACAGGCGCGAUUCAAAUCGAUGGGUCUGGACACACGUUCAUGCCUGGGCUCAUCGACUCGCAUAGCCACCCGUCCAACAUCACCCACUUGCAGUCUCCUACGGAGUUUGGCGCCACUACAGCCAUGGUCAUGUCGUGCCCUGAACCUUUGAUAUGCGAUUCCUUGCGCAAUCACAAGGGUCUGACCGACGUCUUGCUCGGCAGUACCCCGGCCGCAGCAGCAAGAAGCAUUCAUGGCCGGUUGUUGGGUCUCAAUUCUUCAACGACCAUGGCAAACGCCUCACAAUCACCUAGCUGGGUUGACGAUCAGAUUGAGAAUGGGGCGGACUUUAUCAAGAUGAUCGCGGAAACACCAGAUCUGAGUCAAGACAUCUAUCAGCUACUGCGGCCGCCGCCCAUGCAAAAGGCAAGGCUGUCGUCUGCCAUGCGGCCGACUACGGCUGUGUCCAGCAGGCCCUCGUCGCCAACACCUUUGGACGAAACCAGCACCCGACAAUUCCUUCAAAAGAGGAUCAUUUCCACACCGACCCUCAUCAUGAUGCUCAAGACGACGCAAGCCACCCCCAAACUCAAUUACACGGCAUCUCGGCUGUCCACUUCCAGACUCUACCACGCUGAAGUCGAAGUCCUUGUGGGAACAGACGCCAAUGACCAGGUGGGAGCGCCUGCGAAGCCCAAGUUUGGAAUUUCGAUACACGAUGAGAUGGAACUUCUUGUCGAAGCUGGGCUUCCGCCAGUCGAAGUUUUGAGAGGGGCGACCGCUCGGCCAGCCGACAUUUGGGGUCUACAUGAUCGUGGCGUUGUGGAGUUUGGAAGAAGGGCGGACCUUGUGUUGGUGAAAGGCAACCCAAUACACAAUAUCUCUGCGACUCGCAACAUUCGAAAGGUUUGGGUUAGCGGCGAGGAUCUUGACGACGCGCGAAGAGAAUGGAUGGCUUAG